AUGACUGUCGAAGAAUUUGAAGUUUUGAUCCUUAUGAAAUCCAGGAGUAACAUCCCAAUACUGUUAGCUGCAAUUAAAUCAAGUACUUUACGUCAAACUACAACCGCACGUUAUUCCCUCUUACCUGCUCUAUUGGAAGAGAAAUAA